AAAUUAAUCAUUACAUUGAGUGCAAGCUGUUUUGACGUACUCCGUACAACGUUAUCUAAAUACUACUAAUCAUCAAAAGUAGCCACUCCUCAACAUGACCUUCCGAGGAUGCAUGACGUUUUUGGUCUUAAACUGUUUCAUCUGUCGGGUGUCCAUGGAAGACAAGAAACAUCCAGACAAUCCUCAAUUUUGUUCCGAUCUAAAAUGGGGUCCGGAAUGUGAAAAGCCGUGCAAAAUCAACAACAAAUGCGGUAUAAAAGAGUAUUGCAUGCGUGCCGAUGGUUCUUGUGCAGGGGGGUGUGUGGCAGGAUACGAAGGUCCAUUUUGUGAUAAAGAAUGCAAGCCUAGGAGAUGGGGUCCAAGUUGUUUAAAUAACUGCUCGGAAAACAACUGUUACAAUGAAUGUCACAAAGUAGACGGUCGUUGCAUUGCAGGUUGCAAGGCUGGGUUCAAGCCUCCUCAUUGUAAAGAAGUUAUACAGUGUCCAAUUCAAACGUGGGGAACUGUUGUCUGCGAAAACGAAUGCAGUGAUGGAUGCGUAGGAGGCUGCAAUAUUUAUAAUGGCGAGUGUAACUAUGGCUGUCAUGCACGCAAAUGGGGCGCUUACUGUAAUCUUACCUGCAGUCCUAACUGCAGAAGUGGCGACUGUGAUAAAGAUAACGGCACUUGUGUUAAUGGAUGUUUAUCAGGAUUUCAGGGUUACAACUGUCAAGAAUGUGCUCCUCGGAAGUGGGGUGACAAAUGCGAAAAAUCCUGCAGCCCACACUGCUUGAACAGCCACUGUAACAAUGAGACUGGCGAAUGUAUUUAUGGAUGCAACGAGGGAUAUAAACCUCCAUUUUGUGAGGAAGAUCCACAGUGUCCGAUUACAAUGUGGGGAGCAGAGGACUGUAAAAAAAACUGCAGUGCUGAUUGCAUAUUAGGCUGCAAUGUUUAUGAUGGCACCUGUAACCAUGGCUGUCUUGAAGGCAAAUGGGGCGCUUACUGUAAUCUUACCUGCAGUCCUAACUGCAGACAAGGCGACUGUCACAAAGAUAACGGCACUUGUGUUAGCGGAUGUUUUCAAGGAUUUCAGGGUUACAAGUGUCAAGAAUGUGUUCCUUCCAAAUGGGGUGUCAGAUGCCAUAGAACUUGCAGCUCAUACUGCAAGAAAACCGACUGUGAUAGUGGGACAGGCGCCUGUAUUCAUGGUUGUAUGGACGGAUAUGUACCUCCACGUUGUUAUAAAGAAUGUAGAAGAAACACAUGGGGCGCGAAUUGCAAAACUAAAUGCAGCGCCAACUGUGUGAAAAAAAAAUGCAAACAUACGAACGGCGAGUGUACUCACGGGUGUGUUCCUGGGUAUGAGGCACCAUUGUGUACAAAAGAAUGUUCGCAAGGGACGUAUGGAAAAAAGUGUUCAAUGGAAUGCUCUGUGAACUGCAAACAACGCAACAAAUGCCACCAUGUUACCGGAGUAUGUACAGGUGGUUGUCUACCAGGACUGUGGCCUCCCCUUUGUGACCUCCCCUGCGGUAAAAAAACAUGGGGUCAAAACUGCGACUUCAAAUGCAGUGACCAUUGCUUAUACCAGGAAGGAUGCUAUGGAAGAGAAGGGGCUUGCGUUGGCGGUUGUGGACCUGGCUACAGACGUAUAAAAUGCACAAAAGUGUGUAGACCAAAGACUUGGGGAUAUGAUUGCGAAAACCAAUGCAGUCCAAAAUGCAUCAACAAAGAAAAGUGCAAUGCUAUAAACGGUACCUGUGUAGGGGGAUGUACUGCAGGCUUCAGGCCACCUGAUUGUGUAGAAGUCUGCCGUAAAGGAACGUGGGGUGUUAACUGUAACAACGUAUGCGACCAGCAUUGUCCAAAGGGCAUCUGUGAUCGUAUUAGCGGCGCAUGUAUUCAAGGGGCUGAUAUCAAGAAAGAGCUGUUGGAUAUGAUGAUGACCGUAAUGCUACUAGAACAAUUAUAGGAACAACUUAUAACAAGCAACAGCAACCAUUAGAACAACAACCAUGAAAAGCAACAACGACAACUACAACCAACAACAAACAUGAAAAGCAGCAACAACAACUACAACCAACAACAAACAUGAAAAGCAGC